AUGUUUAUCAACCACUGCUGUACCUGUACUAGUCCUCAACAAAUUAGAAAGCGUCAACACCUAAAACUCUCUCACCUUCUCUGCUUUCCUCUUCAUAGCCAUCUAAACAUUUAUUUCUCAUCUAUCUGUACCACUGAAAUAUACAGUGAAAGUGAAUUCAAGAUGCAGUGUUGAUUUGGUUUCAUUCCAUGUCAAUUUGAAUUUUGUUUGCUCACAAUUGUUCAGCUUCUCAUUGAUUUUGUUUGCUCACAAUAGUAGUAUUUAUAUCCAGACAGUAUUAAUGUCCAGCACCAAAAUUUACAUUGUCUACUACUCCUUGUAUGGGCACGUUGUAACAAUGGCGCGGGAAGUGCGCCGGGGAGCCAGUAGUGUUGAAGGUGUGGAAGCAACCCUUUGGCAGGUACCUGAGACACUUCCUGAGAAGAUAUUAGAGAAAAUGAAAGCACCUGCUAAGGAGGACGACGUUCCAGUGAUUAGUCCGGAACAACUUAAGGAAGCUGACGGAUUUUUAUUUGGAUUCCCUUCACGUUUCGGUAUGAUGCCAGCCCAAUGCAAGGCUUUCUUUGACUCGACAUAUGAACUUUGGGAAACUCAAUCACUCGCUGGAAAACCUGCUGGUAUCUUUUGGAGCACAGGUUUUCACGGAGGAGGCCAGGAGAAUACGGCAUUCACAGCCAUAACACAACUGGCACAUCAUGGGAUGUUAUUUGUUCCGCUGGGGUACACUUUCGGAGACGGUAUGUAUGAAAUGAAUGAAGUGAAAGGUGGAUCUUCGUAUGGAUCUGGAACUUAUGCAGGAGAUGGUACUCGUGUUCCCUCGGAAUUAGAGAUGAAACAGGCAUUCUACCAUGGUCAGUACCUUGCAGGAAUUGCAAAGAAGCUCAAAGUCACUGCAUAGCGCCUCUUCCAAUAAAGAAUGGGUCACUCUGGAAAGUUAUAUAAGCGUCUUCUGAAAAUAAAAACUUCAAAUUUGAUUACUUUUACGAAUGGUGAACGUGUAUUGAAGAAGAAGAAGAUGUUUCAUUACACAUUACAACCCAAAAGUUGAACCCUACAUUUUAUUAUUUACACAUUCACAGCACUACUACUAAGUAACUAGAUCAUAUUUUUACUUCUUGGAAGAUUUAGAAGCAACAGAUUUUCCUGGAAAUUUUUGAGUUUCUGGCUCAGCCUUUCCGCUCUUCUUUGGUAACAAGAUGGGGUUAAUGUUAGGAAGGACACCACCACUAGCAAUUGUAACACCAGCAAGCAAUUUCCCCAAUUCUUCAUCAUUCCUUAUUGCUAAACACAAA